GCGGAAGUCGGGAUUUGUAUGGGCUCUGUAGUCGCAGCUUAGUGUUGCUUUUCAGUUCCAUCUACCAACAUGCCUACCGCCGCCCACAAGAACCGUAAGAAGCGUGGUCACGUGUCCGCUGGUCACGGCCGUAUCGGCAAGCACCGCAAGCACCCGGGUGGUCGCGGUAACGCCGGUGGUCAGCACCACCAUCGCAUCCUCUUCGAUAAGUUCCACCCUGGUUACUUCGGUAAGGUCGGUAUGCGCCGCUUCCACCUCCUCAAGAACCGCCUCCACUGCCCCACGGUGAACGUUGAGAAGAUCUGGUCGCUCGUCUCGGCCGAGACGAAGGAGGCCGCCGAGAAGUCCAAGGACGGCAAGGCCCCCAUCAUUGACGUCACCAAGUCGGGCUACUUCAAGGUCCUCGGCAAGGGUCGUCUCCCCGCCAUCCCGGUCAUCGUCAAGGCCAAGUUCUUCUCGCAGGAAGCCGAGAACAAGAUCAAGGCUGUCGGCGGUGCCUGCUUGUUGACCGCUUAAAUGCGAUACACGAGCAGUGCCCAUCCUCGCCUCUUGGUAGAAGUGGACAACACGUAAAUGGUUAACCAAACUGGAAAUCACACCCUGGGUUGAUUGAGUU